AUGGCAGUCGCCACAUCCUCUAGACUGCUCUUCAUCAGCACGAUGUCAGCAGCCUCGAUUGCCACGUCAGUGCCGGCACCGAUCGCCAUGCCGACAUCAGCGGCCACCAGUGCCGGCGAGUCACCAGUUAUCACCCGUGACCAUCACACUCGAGACGCCCAUCGAAUGCAGAUAAGAUACGACGAGAGAGGCUUCGGGCUUCACAGGGUCAGUCACAGCAAAAGCCCCAGCAGGUCUUCUUUGGAUGGCCACAAGGGCACACGUACGAGCCAGACGCUCGUUUUCGGAAAUGAUUUCUCUAUCUCCGAUUUUGCCACUCACCCCAGUGCCAGGGUGGACCUUGAAGUCAGUCACUUCGGUGAAUUGGUCGUGGUGGGACCCGUGCUUCUGAAAAUUAGGAAAAAACUCACCUCAGCAGCAAUAGUCAUGUCACAAAAAUCUUCCAUUGGCACAUCGGAGAAGAGCACGGAACUAACAACAGCUGGUUUUCCAGAUGUCAGUGUUCCGGUUUUAUCAAAGACUACUGUCUUAACCUGCAUGCGCCCAAAGCAUAAAUUCAUUAUCACGUCACCCAAACAACCAAAAAACAAAAGAAAUAGAGAGCUUACCUUAUGUGCUUUCUCAAGGGCAGUUCCACCUUUAAUCAGCACACCUAGAGAAGCACCCUUCCCAGUGGCAACCAUUACUGCAGUUGGAGUUGCUAACCCCAGGGCACAAGGGCAGGCUACCACCAAUACAGAAAUACCAAACUGUAAGGCAAACUCAAAUGCAUCCAUUGCCGUGGGUAUCCAGGCUCUAGGGUACAACCCAGCUACUCCAGGAAUAAACCACCCCAGCCAUAAUAGGAAGAGAAAUAACUGUUUUGCGGUUUCAGAAAUGACAUUUCCUUCAGCAUCUAGAGUUAAAAGACAGGCUGUAUCAGGUGCUAGUUCUGAUAACUUUGCUAAUGCAUCUGAUGUCUUCCCUUUCGCCAAAACCUCCAGGUGUGCAAAGGAUCCAUCUCAAAAGCAUCCCAAGAUCAAGCAUGUUUAUAACCUUGUAUUCCAGCCAAUUCCCAUAAGGUGGGAGCAUCGGAAGCACCAUAGAGAAAACAAAUAUAGGAACUGA